AUGUCCGUCGAGGUCAUCACCACUAUCUCGCCAACGACCAAUGAGCCCGUCGUCACGCGCAAUGGUAUCUCACAGGCCGACCUCGCGCUGCUCCCGGAGACGGCCACCAAGGCGUUCCAGACAUGGCGUACGACCAAGCUGAGCGACCGCCAGAUCAUUGUGCGCAAGGCGCUGGACGCGCUCGCCAGCCGCACCGACGAGCUGGCCCGCGAACUCACCGAGCAGAUGGGCCGGCCGAUUGCUUAUACGGGAAAAGAGAUCUCGACGGCCAUCAAGCGCGCCGAGUUUCUGUUGAAGGCGAGCGACGAAGCCCUCAAGGACUCGCCGGGUGAGGCAGAGAAGGGCUUUGAGCGGUUCAUUCGCAAAGUACCCGUGGGGCCUGUUUUGAUCAUCUUUGCUUGGAAUUACCCAUACCUCAUUCUCGUGAACACGCUUAUCCCGGCGCUGCUGGCGGGUGACACAGUUAUCCUCAAGCCGUCGCCCCAGACGCCCACGGUCGUCGAGCAAGUCGCCAAGGCCUUUGAAGAGGCGGGCCUGCCGGCAGGCGUCCUGCAGUACUUCCACAGUGGCUCGCCUUCUGUGAUCGAGUCCAUUGUGCGCAACCCGCUCGUGGCGCACGUGUGCUUCACGGGCUCGGUGGCGGGCGGCCUGGCCGUGCAGCGUGCGGCUGCUGACCGUGUUGUCAACGUCGGCCUCGAGCUGGGGGGCAAGGACCCGGCGUACGUGCGCGCGGAUGUCGACGUGGCGUGGGCGGCCGAGCAGAUUGUCGACGGCUCCGUGUUCAACUCGGGCCAGAGCUGCUGCGCGCUCGAGCGCGUGUACGUGCACGAGAGCAUCCACGACGCCUUUGUCGAGGCCGUGCAGGGCGUGCUGCGGGGCUACGUUCUGGGCGACCCGCUGGACCCCAAGACGCACGUCGGCGCGGUGGUGUCGAAGCGGUCCAAGGCAGCCAUUGAGGAGCAGAUCAAGGAUGCGCUCAGCAAGGGCGCCAAGGAUGCGACGCCGACAGACAACGAGUCCUUCAAGCAUGCGCCGGCAGCGGGCAACUUUGUGCCGCCGACGCUGCUCACGGGCGUGACGCACGACAUGCUCGUGAUGAAGGAGGAGACGUUUGGCCCGCUGAUCCCCGUGAUGUCGGUCAAGGACGACACCGAGGCGCUGCGACUGAUGAACGACAGCGAGUUUGGCCUGACAGCGAGCGUGUGGACCAAGGACCGUGCAGCGGCCGCGGCGCUGGUCGACGAGAUCGAGGCGGGCACGGUGUUUGUGAACCGGUGCGACUACCCGAGCCCGGACCUGGCGUGGACAGGGUGGAAGAACUCGGGUCGCGGCUACACACUGAGCCGGUUUGGGUUCGACCAGUUUGUGAAGCUGAAGAGCUACCACUUGGCGGAUGGCCCGGCAUAG